GGUGGUCUCCCUCUUAAAAAUAGACACCCAAGUAGAUUUAAGUCCUGCCAUGUCGUCCAAGACGCUUCAGGACUUGCAGGACGACGAGCUCCGGCCGGAUGGCUCGCCGAGCCGGAGGUUUUCCCGCAGCUACACGCAGCCGGAACCGUCCGAGUCCAUGAUGGGCAAGCGCGGAGGGAUGGUCGAGGUGGGCUGGACCUUCUUCCGCGAGGCCGCGGCCGCCAAGGAUCGAAUCGUCGAUUUGGAGAGGGAGCUGCAGAAGAACCUCGAGAGAUAUGAGGAUUUAUGCCAGCGCUCUGAGCGGCUGCAGCUGAGGGCGGAGGCGGAGAUCGAGCAGCGGAAGAGGUGCGCGGGAGACUGCCGUGACCUGAACAUGAAGCUUCACACACGUGUCUCCACCGGAGAACACUCCAAGAGCCUCAUGCAGAGCAGGAUCGAGGCUUUGCAAGACGAGCUGCGCCAAUUCAAGGCCUUGGAGGUGGAGCUUCGGAAGGAGUUGUUGCGGGCACUGCACGAGGAGGAGCACGUGGGCACCCACGUGGAUCUCCUUGCCUCCGAGGGCGAGCUGCGACGCACCCGCGACUGCCUCGAGCUGAAGGAGAAGGAACUCAAGGCCUCCCAGGAGCAGUUACUCGAACUCCAACAGAUCGUGGUGAGCUUGCGAAGCCACAUUGAGGAGCAAGGCGGACUAGAGCAAGUUCAUUUGCAAUGCAAGGACUGUGAGCAGCUGGAGUCCUUCUACCAGUCCAAGCUGAGCUUCAGCAACGCAAGCCAAGAGCAGCUUGAAGCCGCUUUGGCCAACAGCUUGACGCAGCAAGAGGCCUUGCGAUGGGAGCUGGUGCAAGAACGUAGGCAGCAUGAGAGCCUCAAAAAGGAGCACAAUGACCGUAUGUUGGAGGCGCGGCAGGAGUCGGCCUUCCUUCGAAAGGCUUUGGCGCAAGAGAAGCAGGAGCGGCGCUGGCGUCAUCCCAAGCCCCCAAAGCCGCCGGUGCUUUCGGAGGAGCCACCGGUGGAGCUGCCGGCGACCGCGCCCCUGUGGUGGCCCGCCCCUGAGACCAAGCUGCAGCUGAAGGACCUUUUGCCAGAGGUGCGCUAUGUCAAGGCCAGAGCCCACCACCUCUACCCGAAAGCCGGACCGCCCAAGACGGCCGGAUGACUAUCUCAUUCUCAUCCCCCAAGGGGCGCGGACACCCAUGUGGGCCAUGAUGGGUCGUGGGCGUGUGUUAAGCUGUUUCAUGCGUCCCGGUGGAUCGACUGGCCUUUGAGAGGGCAGUUGGGAGAUACAUAUAGAUAUACAUUUAUUCAGGCUUGGGCCCAAGUACCUUCUGAGAAGGUAUGUGGAUCCCGAGGGAGUGACUUUGGG